AUGGAUGCCCUUGCUGUCCUCUCCAAAGCACUGGGGGACAAAACGCCCAGUUCUAUUAAAGAACUCGCAAAGGUGCUAAUAGAAAUAAUGUUCAGCACCAUCAUGGCAGCCAUGACAGAGGUCAAAGCUAGUGUUAGUAGUUUUGACGAGUCUUUGAAGUUCCAUAGUCAGGGCUUUGACGAGUUCAGAGCUGAGCUAAAGGCUGUCCGACAGGAGCUGAGCGAAGGUAAAAAGCGUAGUCAUGAACACGAAAGGGAACGUCAUCCACUGGUGAAGGAACUCAGAGACGCAAAGAAAGAAAUUGUAGACCUAAAGCAGUACUCCAGGCGGACUAAUCUACAACUUAAAGGAGUACCGUUAACUGAAAAGGAAGACCUCGGUCAAACACUACAUAAGGUGGCCACUUGCCUGAGUGUUCCGCUUUCGGAUCAUAACGUGGAUGUGGUGCAUCGUGUCCCCACAAAAGGGGGUGGGCUGCCCAAUAUAAUCGUCAAAUUCAGCUCUCGAGCUACCCGUGACAGGCUUCUGUUUGCCGCAAAACAGAAGCGGCUGAAUGCGUCCCUGCUGGGUUACCAAGUAAAUAUCCCAGUAUACGUAAAUGCCCAUUUGUGUCCCGAAAAAAAAAAUCUCCUCGGAAAAGCUAUCCAGUGCAAACGGGAAAAGAACUGGAAAUUCGCAUGGGUCGCUGAUGGCAAAAUUCUCAUGCUGAAGUCCGAGAACUCGAGAGUUGUGCACGUCACAAUGCGAUGA